AUGUUUCUUGGUUAGCGGAGAAACAAAACAUGGACAUGCCUUUUAGCUUUUAUACACUCCAUUCACAAACGCGGUGAAUUUACACAAUUAUACGGUUCUAAACGCUUAUUUAUCGCUUAUACAUAGAUCGCUUUAAACACCACAGAGAUCCUGGGUUGAUUAAUGACCUCCAACAGCCUUGUGCUUAUGAUCACAGAGUGAAGCUGGAGGCGAGAGUCGGGCACCGUGUGUGCAGAACCCAGUCCUUAUUUUUAGGAAAUCCCAUCAUCCUGCGUCUCCGUCCUUGUGGCGCAGAGUGAUGACAUCGCAGCGGCAAAGACAUGCCACCCGUGCUCUUCCCGCUCCACAGAGCUCCUCCUCGAGGAGCUCGAGCUCACGCUCACGCUCAGGACCCUCGACUUCACACGUGCAAGGUGCAUCCCAAUCCACGUCGUCUUCCUCAAGCUCCCAACACACGUGGCCGGAAGAGGCCGUGUACGAUGCGUACGGUCUGUACUCACUGCACCGCAUGUUCGACAUUGUCGGCACUCACCUCACACACCGCGACGUUCGUGUUCUCUCCUUCCUAUCCGUGGAUGUCAUUGACGAGUACGAACGCGGUGGAAUACGGGACGGGCGAGAGUUCUUGCUGGCACUGGAGAGACAGGGACGCUGCGAUGAGACAAAUUUUCGGCACAUUCUCCAGCUGCUGCGCAUCAUUACCAGACACGACCUUCUGCCUUACAUAACACUACGCAAGAGACAGACUGUGUGUCCAGACCCAGUGGAUCAGUACUUAGAGGAGACGUCUGUGCGCUACAUUGUUCCUCGGGGAAGCAGAACAGAGAGCCCACAGGCCACACCGCACAGUUGUGCAGGUCCACAUCCUGUGAUUCACUGCCCUUCUCCUGCGGUGUGUCAGCCCUGCCCUAAACCGACCACGCCCACCACAAACAGAAAGAGGAAGAGAGCUCACAGUGUGGCGGACUGCCGGGAGAAACAGACCUGCGAUAUCCGUCUGCGUGUGAGAGCGGAGUACUGCCAGCACGACUCGGCCCUCCAAGGCAACGUCUUCUCCAACAAGCAGGAGGCUCUGGAGCGCCAGUUUGAACGCUUCAACCAGGCCAACACCAUCCUGAAAUCACGUGACCUCGGAUCUAUCAUCUGCGACAUUAAAUUCUCAGAGCUCACUUACCUGGACGCGUUCUGGCGUGACUACAUCAACGGCUCGCUGCUGGAAGCGCUGAAGGGCGUCUUCAUCACAGACUCGCUAAAGCAGGCCGUCGGCCACGAGGCCAUCAAACUGCUCGUCAACGUCGACGAGGAGGACUACCAGGCAGGCAGGAGGAAGCUCCUGAGAAACCUGAUGAUGGGGGGAGGGGCGGCAACAGGGCUGGGGACGGGGUCAGCUGGCCAGGGGGCGGGGACUUCCUAAUGCCAAAGUGAAACUGUGACCGUAAGCUUGUUGAUUUGUGGAAUGUGGGCGGAGCCAGGCCAAGUUACAAGGACCUGAAGAACAGAUCAUGGAGAAAGAAUGGUGGUGGAAGAGAGAGAUGGAAUGAGAAGGGCUGGGAAAGUGGAUUUUUUUUUUUUUUUUUUAAAGCUUGGAAUUUAGAUUUGCCAUCAACGUGCCAACUAAAAAGAUUUUCGUAUAAAGUUGAAAUUAAUUCAUUAAUUCAAAAAUGAAAUGUAAACGUAGUCAAUCAGACAAGACGUGUUUGUUGUCUGACGUUUGCUCCUUUAGUUUCACUCCGGAGCUGCAAAGCUAACGUAGCUAAUACGCCGAAAUGUUUCCUGUAAGUACGACAGACGAGGAAUUUCUAAUGAAAUGCAGAAAAUGUAAAACUAUACAAAAAUAAGUGAUUCCUCUCGUUCAAGAUGGCCGACCUCAUGACGUUCCAGAGCGUGUGAAGAAGACAGGAAGCGGUUUUAUCACCGUGUCUGUGUGAUGGAACUGGGAUUAAGGCAGACAUUUUGUGUGAGAGAAACUCUUGUUUAUCUGUAAGCUUCAUUAGAGUCGUAGCUCCAGGUUGAAGACUAAAAUAUCAAACACAUCUUAACAUCCUUACACAUCGUUGCUUUCAGGUAAAAGCUAAUUCUUUCUUAAAGUGAGCGCCCCCUAGUGGAGAACGUAGUGCUCACUCACAAAUAGGGCUCAAAUCCCAGACUGUCCCACACCUCCCUCCUUUUUUCCUCAUCCUUCUCUCUCUCUCUCUCUCUGUUUAACCCCUGAAAGAGGUAUAGAAACUUUCAUUUGGAGAAGAUCCUCAGAGAAGACUCCAAGGCCGACGAAGCGGAAAGAAAAGAUUUUGUACGAUUUUCCUAUCGGAAUUAAACAACGUUACAAAACGUGGUAUCUAUUAUAUAGGCUGUAUGUUCUGGUGAUGUUUUGAGUGCUUGUCCAUUAAACCUGCAUGUCAACGAUACGCUAACGUCGCGGCGAGCGAGGCGUGUGCUGAUGAUCGAUUCCAGCAGGCGGCACGCCGUUCCACACGCAGCGACCGUGUCGUGUGGUGAGGUGCUGCGUCGUGGAUGGACGUGCGAGUGAGUUUGUACGGGUUGUACUGGGUCGGACUGUAGUACUUUUAUAGAACGGUCUUGUGAAAGCAACAGGACGAAAUUUCGCGGUGAUAAAAAUCUCAACAUGAAAAUAUCGUUAAUAUCAGCACACGCCUACAGCAGAUAAACACGCCGUGUUCAGUAGACUUCGAAUCUCCUAAAAAGGUUUUUUUCUACAGCAUUUGCAGAUCACCGUUGCCGGUAAAACUGACACGGCGAGCGCGCCGGUCCCUCGAAUUCAUCAGAGCUCUUCCUUUAGCUAGUUACAGCGUUAUAAAGCGGUGUAAAAAGAUGAGCUUGCUGUCACGUACGUUGCCUGGUGUCCCACUGAAGGUCAGUUCUCACAGUGUUAAAUAUACCAAGAGUUCUACCAGGAAUAAGCGAGAGGCUCCGUACCUACAGGGGAUCGACGCGCUCCUCCGUCCGCAGUGUUUCACAUCCUGUGAGGACGUCAUUCUCACUCCCAAUAAAGUGGUGCGAUAUGACAAUUGUUGAUGAUUUCUGCUUCCCACGGCGACGAUUGUGUUCAGUGAUGCGUCUACAUGCCGUAGUAGCUGACUGAUUAAUUAAGUGUAAAAAUCAAUAAAAGAGAUUGUUAAAAUA